GAUUGGUCGUCCCGAGGCGGGUCCUUCGGUUUUCGUCGCUUUUCUAUGUUAAAUCUCGUCGAUGUUACAAGUGAAUUAUAUCAACCGCGACCAUGCUAACGAGAAACUCGAUGUGACUUAUUCGCGAUCAGUGCUUUACAAGGAGAGUUUAAUUGUACUUAAAAAAAAUUACUAACCUUCGAGAAUGGACCACUAAGAAUUCAGCUGUCGGAGAAAUUUUAUGUGCAAGAUCUGGACCUACAUUCUUCACCUACAUCAAUUUUGUAAACAAUAGAUAACAGCUGGACAUCCAGAAUGGUGGGUUAUUAUCAGGAGCCGAUUCUGAAGCGAGAAGUCGGACAGAAACCGAUGGCGAUUGCGUCUUCGAAGUUGGAGCCGAUCAAGUCAGUGAAGAGUCUUGUCUGCAGUCCGGACUUGACGGUCUUUGCAACCCCAUCUUCUGAACGUUUGACGACGAUCAACGAAAAGUCCUAUCAGUGUAUGCUCUGUCAGAAAAUAUUCGACCAGAAAAACGUCUAUCAGAGUCAUAUGAGAUCUCAUGGCAAGGAUGGCGAGGACCCUUACAGAUGCAACAUCUGCAGCAAGACUUUCGCGGUGCCGGCGCGACUCACGAGGCACUAUCGCACUCAUACGGGGGAAAAACCCUACCAGUGCGAGUACUGCAACAAGUCCUUUUCCGUCAAAGAGAAUCUCAGUGUUCACAGGCGCAUCCACACCAAGGAGCGCCCGUACAAGUGUGACGUUUGCGAGCGGGCGUUUGAGCAUAGUGGGAAGCUUCACCGACACAUGAGAAUACACACGGGCGAGCGACCUCACAAGUGUUCCGUCUGCGCGAAAACCUUCAUCCAGAGUGGCCAGCUUGUCAUCCAUAUGCGGACACACACUGGUGAAAAGCCCUAUGUCUGCAAGUCCUGCGGCAAGGGCUUCACGUGUUCGAAACAGCUCAAAGUUCACACUCGCACCCACACUGGCGAAAAACCCUACAAAUGCGAAGUCUGCGGAAAAUCCUUCGGCUAUAAUCACGUGCUCAAGCUGCACCAGGUCAAUCACUUUGGCUCCAAGGUCUACAAGUGCACCCUCUGCAAUGAGACAUUCACUAAUAAGAAGAACAUGGAAGUGCACAUCAAGGUGCACUCGGACUCGAGCUCGAAUUCACCCCGCGACUCGCCCAUCGAGCCCGUGAUUGAGAUUGCACCAGCCAGCAGUACUUCGAGUAUAACCGGCACGAGCAGUGACAAGGAGAACAAGACUGAUGAAACCUGCCAUACGACUGCGUCAAGUUAUAUGCAGCCCAGGGAUUUCUCUUACUACCUUUAUCAGCGGGAUCAGUAUUCUCAGGCCGCGCCAAGCCCAAUAGGAGUGAAUCCCGCGCUCCUGGCUGCGGCGGCAGCUGCAGCUGCUGUCGAGGAGAGGUCUUUCCAGACCCUGCCUCUGGCUCCACAGCCCCAGGAACCGACUCAGGUCUUCCUCUAUCCGGAAUUGUCGCCGGCCUACUCGCCCUACUCGUCAUACGGGGCAGGCCAGAACAACGACCUUGCCGGAAACGAGUGCUCGUCGCUACUUAAUCUCCCGGGGAACGACGCUCGACGGAGGGUCGAAGCUGCCCUGGAAGCGGUGGAGGAGCAACGUCAAAGGGAGUACGGAGUCAGGGUUGAAAAGCAUCCGAUUCUGACACCGCCCAGCAGCAAUCCAGUGAGUCCAGCACCAUCACCCGAUCCCCUUGAUCUGGCGAUACCUGUCAGGGAGACCCUGAUACUUCCACCGAGGAAGCGUUGCAAAAUGAUCCUCGAGUCGAUGGAACACGAACGGUCCGGGAUCAAUGCGCAGAGACAAAACUCAGUGAUUCAAUUCGCUCGGGCUUCUUAGUGGACGUGGUGGUGUUACUCUAGCUCUAGUGUCAUCAAUUCGAGGCUUUCUAGCGCGUUCACUUGCAAUUUCCGGGUUUAGCAUUAGAUUAUGAGAACGACUCGAGAACGUUCGAUUUUAAAGACUUGCAUAUAUUUAUUCUUCCUCUUUCCUGACAAGGUUCAUCGUUGGCAUCGUGUUGUCGCAUUAUUUUCUCUCUUGAUUUUUUUUUACACAAAAUAUUUUACGUCGCGUGCUCGAGCACGCGGACAUGGGUUGCGCAGGAAGGAAAAAAAAUGAUAAUAAUGAUUCUAAAGGUCAUGCCUAUAAAUAUGAUAAUAAUCUGGUAACCCUGUCCUACAACUUGGUGAACAACGACUCGCGGUCCACUCUGUACCAAGAGUUUCUUUUUUCAAGCAGGUGGGAAUUACCGGUGCGCUUUUAUCUCCGGUUUGCAUUAAUUUCAAUUUACGCUUCUUUCGCCUGAUCGUGAGAAGUGCGGAAUUUUGAGAGUAAUUCUGAGGAAUCAAGUGAUGGAGCGAGAAGCGAUCGUGGUUAAAGACUAUACAAAAGUACCAAACAUUGAUAUCUCUGUGAUAAGAACUCCGUACUACCAGAGUAUUGAGGAAACUGAGCCCACUGCCAGUACAAGCGUGUUUGCGUACACGCAGGCGCGUAUGACAUUUCCAUACACCCGAAAAAA